CCAGCACUAUUACACGUGCGACUUGUUUUCUUCCGAGUUUAUUCCAUUUAAUGCUUUUUAAUUCACAAAAUACUGAAUAAUAACAUGCCGGCAGCAGUAGCCACAGGUGUGCAAUUUGGCGGCCCGUCGAAGAACAAAAAAAUCGUGUUUGACGAUUCCGGCGAGGCAGUGACCAAGCCAUACAAAAGUGGGCAACCGAACAGACCCAAGAAUCAACAGUCCCAGAUCAAGGAACAGGUGAAGAAGCCCCAGAAAAUCAAGUUUGGCGAGGAUGGAGAAGCUGUAAGCCAGAAAUCCUUCAACAAAAAUCACCAGAAGCCAGAUCAUCAUAAAAAACCCCAAAGGGUUAAGUUUGGCCAGGAUGGAGCUGCAGGAUCCCACAAAUCCUUCAACAAAAAUCAACAGAAUGGCCAAAAGCCUCAGAAAAUAAAGUUCGGUGACGACGGCGAGGCUGUAGCCCAGAAAUCAUUUAACAAAAAUCAUCAAAAGCCGCAAAAAAUAAAGUUUGGCGAGAAUGGAGAAGGGGCAUCUCGGAAGAGCUUUAACAAAGGCCAAGAAGAGCCUGAUCAGUCCAAGAAGCCCCAGAAAAUUAAAUUUGGUGAUGAUGGACAGUCCACCGAAAGUGCCAAGAAGCCCCAACGCAUCAAGUUCGAUGAGGACGGGACUGGGAAUAACGUCUCCGCCAGCGAGGAGGACGAGGACAGUGACGAGGAAGUGGGACAAACCUUUGCCAAGAAGCAAACCAAAUACCAGUCCCAAGUGGAUGAGGACGAGGCGGCUCAAAAGAAGUGGUACCAUGUGCACCCCGAUUACCCUUCAACGGAUGAGGUGCUGGACAUGAAGGAGAAUGAGCAGCUGGAGCUGUAUAAUCUGUGCAAGAAUUCCUUCGAGGCCGAAAAGAAUACCUUUAAUAAGCGUAACCCCACCGAUGCCCGCUGGCUGCAGACCGCCCUGCACAAGGGUACGGCCAAGGAUCGGGCCAAUGCCGGCGCCUUGCUGGUCACAAGCAAUCCUCUGGGUAACCUAGAAGCCCUCACCACUCUCAUAGGCUUCUGCAAACUCUCUAACAAGGCCAGCAACGAUGUGAUUGCGGUGCUCACGGAUCUGUGGCAGGAGGUGCUGCUGCCGCCGAACAGAAAGCUCCUGGCCGUGCACACCCGCGGCGCUGACUGGAAGAAACUGAAAAAAGACGACAAGCUGCGCAAUGAACAGAAGCGACGGAUCUACGCCUAUUGGUACUUUGAGGCAGAGCUUAAGGAUCAGUACCAUGAGUUCCUUAAGAACGUUAUGCAGGGUUUGCAGACGGGCCAAGAGCACAACAAAAACUCGUCCAUUUUGUCCGCCUCAAAGCUGCUGGCCUAUGCCCCCGAAAAGGAGCAGCUGCUGCUGACCAUGCUGGUCAAUAAGCUGGGAGAUCCCAUUGCCAAGGUGGCCUCCAAGGCUUUGCAUCACCUCAGCGAGGUGGCCCAAAGGCAUCCCAAUAUGUGCGGCGUCAUAGUGUCCGAGGCGGAGAAGCUUCUUUUCCGUAACAACAUAUCGGAGCGUGCCCAGCACUUUGCCUUGUGCUUCCUCUCCAGCAUAGCACCCUCGGGCCGGCCCGAGGUCUGCACCAAGCUGGUCAACAUCUGCUUUGCCUUGUUCAAAGUGCUGGUCCAGAAGGGCGCCGUCAACAAUCGCACCAUGCAGGCCAUUCUGCGGUGCCUGCAAAAGGCCAUUGUUGAGGCACAGCCAGGCAAGGACAGCAAUGGUGAGCUGCUCAACAAAGAGAUGCAGGACACCAUCUACCGCCUGGUCCACUUGGCCGACAUACGUGUGAGUGUCCAAACGCUGGGACUGCUGCUCCAGCUGGUCACUGUCAAGACGGAGAAAUCGGAUCGCUUCUACAACGCUUUGUAUGUAAAGCUGCUGGAUCUGAACCUCAUCAAUGUGGGCAGCAAGACAGCCGCCCACCUGCUGCACAUUGUCCACCGAGCCAUACAUAUAGACAACCAUGUGGCGCGUGCCCAGGCCUUUGUGAAGCGUCUGCUCCAGUUGACGCUUUAUGCUCCACCGCAUAUAGCCGCCGGCUGCCUGAUUGUUCUCCACAAAUUGUUGCGCAUGCGCAAGGAGCUGGUAGGCGGCAGUGGAGCCUCCGAUGAGGUGGCUGCUGUUUCCAAAGCUAUCCUGCCCGAAGAUGAGGAUCUAGAUAAGUUUGGCAGCGACGAGGAGGAGACUUAUAAGGAUGUCAAGGAGGAAGGGGAGGAUAAGGAAGCUCCUGAGGCGACAGAGGAGAAGGAGGUUGCCAAGUCCUCCUGGCAUCAUGUUAGUGUCACUGCUGGCAGCUCAGCGGAGGCCAAGGUGCGGGAAAUUGAUUCCGGCAAAUACGAUCCUUAUCAUCGUGUGCCCGCCUUUGCCGGAGCUGGCUAUGCUUUACGCCAUGAGCUUUUGCUCCUGCGACAGCAUUAUCAUCCCACUGUGCAGGUAUUUGCCGAGCAGAUCCUAAAUCAAUCCCGCAUUGAUUACUAUGGCGACCCGCUGAGGGACUUUGGCUUGCCGCACUUCCUAGAGCGCUUCGCCUUCAAGAAUCCCAAGAAACUGGACGCUGGCCAGCAGACGGCAGAAAGUAGCACUGUUGCCCACAAGCGAUACAUGGCUUACGGAGCACGAGGCAAGUCUGUACGUUCCCUGACCAAGACCAACUGCACCGAGGACGAGAUGUUUAUAUUCAACUUCCUGGAGCACAAGCGUCGCCAGGCAGAGAUUGUGGCACAAAACAAGAAGCAAUUGGGGGUGAAGAAGGAGGAGCCAGCGGACCAGGAGGAUGGCGAGGCUGGUGAGGAAUAUCUGAAGGAGGGCGAGGUGGAUGACGACGAGUUCGAGGCCUAUUUGGAUGGUUACUUUGGCAAGAAGUUCAAGGAGGGCGGCGAGGCGGAGGAACAAGAAGACGAAGAGCUCAACUUCCUAGAAGAGCUGGGUGGUGAGAUUCAAAAGGAUAAAUCCAAGGACAAGAAAAAGAAGAAGCAGGCAGCGGACAAGUCGGAGGAGGAUAUGGAAGACAUAGACGAGGACUGGGGGGAUGAUGACUUAGGGGAGGAGGACGAAGAAGACGAGGAGGAUGGCGAAGAUCAGUCCGAUGAUGAAACGGGCUCCAUUGAUCUAGAGCCACUGGAUGAUGAAGAUGACGAUGAUGAUGCGGGUUCCAUUUCCGAUGGGGACUCCAGUGAAGCUCCCGAGAGUCCUGACGAUGAUGAUGAUGACGAUGAUGCGCCGCCCAGGUCCAAGAAAUCCCGCCAAGACUCGUCUGCUAUGUUCAAUGGCCGCAGCUUUGCCAAGACACUCAAGCAAAGUCACGACAUGUCUUCGCUGUUUGCCGCCGCCGAUGACUUCUCCUCAAUGCUGGAGGAAACCUCCAAGGUCAAGGGCCAGGGCACCAGCAAUGCCGUCUUCAACAAGGACAAAUCCUCCGACAAGCAAAUGAAAUGGGAGGAGAACCGGCGAUCGAAUGCGAAAACCUACAAGGGCAAGAAAUCCUCAAGCAAAAAGGCACCACAAAAGGCGGGCAAAAAGAGGAAACAUUAGAACAGUAAAGGAUUAUAUUGGACUAGAGUAUAUAAGCCUAAAAAUUGUAAAAAACAAGAUUAAAGAUGUAAUCAAGAA